AUGGCUUUACAAGCACCACCGCAGUCAACUCUGUUUGGCGGUAGCCUUUCAGAUGACAGUGUCCGAGGCGGCUCCUCCUACUCCGAACUCGCAUGCAACCCUCCCUCGCCCAUUGCCGUCUUCCGUGGAAAUCUUGAUAUUGAGACCCUUGGCGGGGCAGGCUUCGCAUCACAGAGAACAACCGGAGAGAACCGAAUUUGGGAUGUAUCAGACUACGAUGGACUGUUGCUCGACGUCACGCAGGCAGAUGGGAAGCAGUAUACUCUGACGCUGAAGGAUGAGCUCCUACCCAAAAGUCCAAACGGACGAGAGCAGAGUACAAUAAGUUGGGAGUAUGACUUCAAGCCCAAACAUGGUGGGGAGAAGGUGUUUGCGAAGUGGCAUGACUUCACAGCUACAUACAGGGGAAGGGAGAUGCCAGAUGCCAAGCCAUUGGAUUUGAAGCGUGUUAAAAGAAUCAGUCUCAUGAUGAGGAGGUAA